AGGCACCUUAGCUGAAGAGGAGGUAGGAAGUGUAAGCAGCUGCAGCCUGGGUUUGUAACCUGCACUGUUUAAACUUGACGGAAAUGAGCCUUUGUUCUGAUUGGGGCUUUGCAGAGAGCCAGUUUUCUGCCUGAACACAUCCAGAAGAUGGCUGCCUCCAGAGAGAUUCCAGCAGAACUGCAUGAAAGCAUCACAGAUUUCCUAGGGACACAGGAGUUUGUCCUGCUGGAUGCUUUUCUCCACAUCAGAUCCAAAGUUGAAGAUAUUGUUCUGGUUUUGAUGCCAUGGCGCGCACUGGUGAUCCUAGCAAAGCUACCAGUCAAGGUUUAUUUUAGCUUCAGCUUCCUAGCUGUGCAGAUGAUCAGAAUGGGAGAAGCUAACCAGGUUGUUAUAAAGACAGACACAUCCUCUCUUGAAUUGGAGUUCUUGUCACUGGACGACCUGGAACAUGCUGUCAUCCAUAUGGUCACAUCCCUUAAGAAGGUCAUUCCAAAUUCUUCACCAGGAGACCUACUCCAGAAUGCCUCCCCAAUCUUGCUUGGUGAAAUUCAAGGGAUACUGGAUUCCUUGGAAGAGAUGCUGAAGGAAAACCAAGGCCCAUGUGGUGGAUUUUCAAAGAUUUAUGCUGCCCUCUGCGAUUACAGUGGCCUCCCUUUCCGACAGGAGAUACAGUGGGAUGUGGAUAAUAUCUAUCAGAACCAGGAAUGCAGGGAGUUCAACCUACUGGAUUUCAACCAUCUGCAGAGCCAGGACCUGGCUCUUAGUGUGGCCGGCUUGUCGUAUAAUCAGUGGUUCACAAGGCUGCAUUGCAAAGACUUCAAACUGAGUCUGGAUAUCCUGGAGCAGAUCCUCCAUGUGCUCAGUAAAUCAGUAACUUUGGAAGAGCUGGUAUUGGAAAACUGUGGCUUGAAGGUUGAUUUUGCUCAAGAGAUGGCCCAGGUGCUCCAUGAUCAUCCAGACUCUGCCUUAAACACAAUUGAUCUCUCUGGAAACCUGCUAGAGGACCGAGGCAUAAUUGCUUUGAGCCAGGUCUUUGAGCAGCACAUCAAGAACCUCAGAAGCUUGAGCCUCGCUAGGACCUCCUUGAGCCAGAAAGGAAUGGUUGCCCUUCUGCAGUCUCUCGUCUCCAAUGAACUAUUCAAAACUUCUCUGUGUCACUUGGACCUCUCAGGAAACCCCGGUUGCCUGGCCACUGAAGGUGCAGCCGCAACUGCGUUGUUUUCCUUCCUGAGUCAGCCACAUGCUUUGGGUCACCUUGAUCUCUCUGGGACAGACUGUGCCUUGGAUGUGCUCUUUGAUGCCUUGGCUGCGGGAUGCUGCAAAAGCCUGGUCCAUCUGAACCUAUCCAAGAAUGUUUACUCUCGCAAGAAGAACAGGAAUGUUCCUCUUGGGGUCAGCACAUUCUUCAGCAAGGCUUCUGCUCUCCAGUACGUUUCCCUGGCUGGAACCAAGCUGCCGUCAGAGGCUUUGAGGGCCUGCCUUCAGGGCUUGGCAUAUAAUACCCAGCUGAGCGACCUGCACCUGGACGUCAGUAGCUGUGAGCUGAGAUCAGCAGGUGCCCAGGUGAUCCAAGAUCUGGUUGCAGAUGCCAGUUCAAUCAGUGACUUGAAUUUGUCUGACAAUGGGUUUGAUUCUGACAUGGUGACACUGGUGCUGGCGAUCAGCAGAAGCAGAUCCGUCAGGCAUGUUGCACUAGGGAAGAACUUCAAUAUCCGAUCAAAGGAGACCCUGGUUGAUACUUUGCACCGAAUUGUUCAGCUCACGCAGGAUGACGACUGUUCUGUCAAAUCCGUGUCCGUGGCAGAAUCUCGCCUGAAAUGGGGAAGCAGCAUCCUCCUGGACAGCUUGGGAAGUCGGAGCACCUGCCUCGUCGCGCUGGACAUCAGUGGCAAUGCUAUGGGGGACUUUGGUGCCAAGAUGCUGGCAAAGGCUCUGUCAGUGAACACAACACUCAGGACUCUAAUUUGGGACAGGAAUAACACGACAUUGGGUGGAUUCUUUGAUGUUAGCCGUGCUUUGGAAAGGAAUUUUACCCUCAAGACAAUGCCCUUGCCCAUGUAUGAUGUGGCCCAGGCUUACCGAAACCAUCCAGAGAAAAUGGAGGAAGUCGUGCACAAGAUACAGUCUUGCCUCACAAGGAAUCUAAUUCAAGAUACCGUGCCCAAAAAGGGAUCCCAGUUACAACCAGACACUACAGCCAGCUCUUCUGAACAGACAGUGAAGGAUGCAUGCCAGUCUGUGCAGAAGCAUAUUGAGAUGCUGAACUCUGUGCAAGAUGUAGAAGUUAAAGCAGAAAUCCUGUGGGCAGAAGAAGCUGUCAAGGAUGCAAACCUUUCAAUUGGGAUUCUGCCCAUUUUGCAUGAGGCAGGAAGCUCUUCCCAGCAGAGCAGCAGACUUCAGCAGAAACUGGAAAGCCUCGUGGAAGAGAUCUGCCAGACCUGCAGCAGGGAGAUCCAGGCCACUGUGCAAGCCAAACUGGAAGCCACACAGAAUCUGUGCCCCAAGAUCCUGCAGAAAACUGGCUUUUGGGACCACCUGAUCUGCAGCAUGCCAGAGAAAGCUGCCCCGGACCAGUUGCUGAUGGAGGUGUAUGGCAAAUUUACGGAGAUCCAGCUGUCAGUCACUAAGGCCAUGGCCCAUGCUAUUAUUGAUAAAACUUUGGAGGAGUUGACCACCAUUCAAGGCAAGCUGGCUAAGAACCUCUCAAAACGAGCCAAGGAAUUGCAGAUGGAGAAUGCAGACUGGAACAUUUUGCAACAGACACAAGGAAACUUCCAGGAAGCUGCCAAAGAAGCCUUCCAAAGCAAGAAGUACAAGAUCGCUGCCCGAUGGAAGCCUGACUACUCCACAAGCCAUCAGCCAACAGUUGGUCUAAACAGUCUUUUGGAACUCGAUUUUAAGGUAGAGGCAGAAGAUAACAAGAUUGGGACUCCCCAGGCUGAGCUGUCACUCAGCCGUGCCUCCACGAAGUCACGCCCUGCCUCCACAAAGGAUGCUGAGGCUGGGAGCAGGCUGCUUCCCCGCACGGCGCCCACAUCCGCACAAUCCCUUAUGGACCUGCCGAUUGCAGGAGAGAAAUUGGAGCAUUACACUCGAGACAGGCCCAGGCCCAACCGCAGGAACAGGCAGCCCCCCAGCAAGCCCAAUGUGCAGCCGCCUGUGCGAGAGAAUGAUGAAGACAGAAGCAUCGCUAGACUUGAUGAAGGCCUAGAUGAGUUCUUUACAAAGAAGGUGAUUCAUGAGCACUUACCUCCCGUUUCAUUAGAAAGCUCCCUAGCAGCAUCAAUAUCUUCUGGCUCUCGAACCUUCAAGAAGAAAAUAGGACACUUCUUUGCCUUCAAAAAGCCAAAGUCAAGUCGGGGUACCAGACCAGAGAAAGAGCCAGAGGGAAGCCCCUCUGCAGCAUGGGGCAGAAAGCUGAUGAUCAGUGACAUUUUAAAGGCUCCCAGCAAAGCCAGUGAAUCAACUAAAGCACUAAGUAAGUCAGAGGAAGGAGGACUGGCUGUGGAGAGUAGAGGCUACCUGGAGCAAAGCCAGACUCCAGACAGUGCUCGCAGGGCCAGGCCCAAAUACUCCAGGGAAGGCAAGUCCCAGUCCCUGAUACUCCUGUCAGGGGAGGAUGAAGAGGGACUUGGUGUGAGGCAUGAAAAGAAAAGGCCCUUUGAGAGGAGUGAUGGUGAACUGCCCAGUUCCUUCGAACAGCGUGUCCAUGUCAUGCUGCAUCGGAUUGGUGUCACCAAGGUGUUGUCCUCAGAAGGCAAAAAGAAGCAAAGCAAAGAUGGGGAGAUCAAGAAAGCUGGUUCUGAUGGGGAUAUCGUGGACUGCUCAACCGAGUCUCCUCCCUGCUCUUUGAAGUCACGCACACAUUCCAUGUCCACAGAUCCCUCUGUUCACGUCAGUCCCACCGAUGUUGCUGGCAGAACUGGUACGGAGCCCAACGGUGGGUCCAGUGAGGGGAGACUAUGCUGGAAAGCUCUUGGGAAGCAACUGAAUGCAGAGCUCCAGGGCAAGUGUUCAGAAAUCAGCUCUUCCCCGAGAAAAGCUCUGGCCAUGCAGGAGCCAGCAAGCCCCAGAGAGCAGAAGGAGAGAGAGAGCUGGAGCAGCAGUUUGCCAAGGACUGGGAAAAGCACAGCAGAUCCUCAUCCUGUCAGGAGGACAAGCAAGGCCGAAGGAGAGUCAUUUACGGAACUACAGAAUUCAUAUGCUGACGUAAACACGAUUGCAGGAGACAAUCAGCUCAAACCCAAACCUCGUCUGAAGCCUGUGGCAAACCGGAGGGCCAUGUCUGUUCACGAGGAACAGCUCAGGGACCAGGCCUGUGCGGCAGAGCUGCACCAUGCAAAACCCCCUCUUUGUCUGCAGCGUUCCCCUAUCCUGAAAUGGAAGAUUAAGCCCAAAUCCCUGUUGGAGCCUGACACAGCUGCAUUAUCAGAGUUCCCAGAUAUGCUACCCCAAGAAAGAAACAUGGCAGUCACACAGUCAAAGCCAAGAGCAAAAAUGGAAGAAGAGUUGCAACAAGCUCUGGAACAUACCCUAGAGAAUGCACAAAAUACAGCCCUAGACCAAAGAACUGCUGUGCCGUUUGCCAAGUCUCACACACAAGAGCACUGAGUCACUAGCUGGUGUUUCUGCAUGAUGGCAGCUCAACCAAAUGAGCAUAGAAUGAAGGCUUAUGAUACAAAGCAGCAGCAAAGCCAGCUAUAUGGGUGCCAGCGAUUCAGCACAGGGCCAAGCAAGCCACGGGCCCCAACAUGGCUCCUUGGUUGGUGGAGCUGCUAUUUUCAAUGUGGAAUAGUGGUAUCUAAGCUCCUGCACGUCUUCUGGGUUGUCCCCUUAUUCAUCUAUCACCCUUGUAUUUGCUCAUGUAAGUGCCCUGUGCUCUGAUGGUUCACAUGGGGAAAACCAAAAGCUGAGUACACAGGAAUCCAGCCCAUUUGAGCAGCAGUUGUACAGCUGGGAGCUGGUGCAGAAGCAAAGAUGUAUAGUGCCAGAAACUGAGAACCAC